UAUUAGAGAUAAUCACACCAAUUGUGAUGACGCCGUGCCGUGAUAAAAGCGACGUUUUAUUGCGUUCUUCGUACUUGUCACAGUCAUCAGUUGGUCGCGAAAUCACUCGAUUCGAUCUUGUUUCUUAAUCAAGCGGGAAUUCGCAAGAUCGUUUUUAACACAAUCGACGCAUCGCUGAAGUUAUUUCAGUUGAGAGAUUUAGAUUUAUUUCACAGUUAUCACAUACGCGCGUUAUCUCUUCACGAGUGAUUAAAGGCGUGAAAAAAUGGCGGACGAGGAAGUAUUCUCGAACGAGGAAUUGCAGGAUUAUCUGCGAACUUACGUGAUGAAAAAUACUAAAAUGACGUCGCCUAAAUUUCACAUAACAAGAGCCUCCAAGGAGGGCGACAAUUACGUCGGCCUUGUGUAUCGCGUCACGAUCGAGGGCACGGAGAACGGCGAAGCCAAGAGCGUCGUUGUCAUUUUAAAAACCAGACGUUUCAACAAAUUGUGGGACGACGCGACGAAUCAAUUUACGAAUUUGUUUCAACGCGAGAUAUAUUUUUAUCAGACGAUAUUGCCUAUUUUUCAAAAGAUCGUGAAGGAACACGGCAAAAUCGUCGAUUGCAGCCCGUCUCUUUACUGCGCCAGAUCGGAGGUCGGAAAAGAGAUUUUGAUAUUGGAAAAUUUAAAUCCCAAAGGUUACGUAAUGAAAAGUGCAAUACAACUGGAUUAUCCGCACGCCUCUUUGGCAUUAAAAAAAUUAGGUGAAUUUCACUCGUACAGCUUUCUCACGCGUGUCGCAGAUCCGACCAGCUUCGAAAAACUGAAGCUCGAAGAGCUUUUUCUCAAGAAAGAACCACCAUCUGAGAAAAUGUCUUUCUUCAGAGAUUUAGUUAUUAACGUUGCGAUCAAGGCGUUAGCGGACGAGGAUAAACAUUAUACCGAGAGGCUUCAGAGGUUUAUCGACAAUUUAACUAACGAGAUGGCCGACGCGGUCGAUGGAAAACAAGCUGAACCUUACGCCAUUCUGAUUCACGGCGACUUUUGGACCAACAAUAUGCUCUUCAAAUACGAUCAGGAAGGAAAACCGUGCGAUAUACGCUUUAUAGAUUUUCAAGUAUGUCGUUACGCGUCGCCGGUCAUAGACUUAGUCUACACAUUCUUCUGCUGUUGCGCGCCAGAAACGAGGAGUAAAUAUUAUGAUCGGCUGUUACACGACUAUCACGAAGCAUUGUCCAAGUCUCUCGAAAGUUUCGGUUACGAUCCGAACGAUUUUUUUCCUUAUGAAGUAUUGUCCGAACACUUAAUGAAAUUCGGCAAAUUUGGUGCCGGUAUGGCUCUAUUUUGUUUACCCAUAUUUUACAACGAUAGCGACGACAAAUCGUUGGAAACUGCGUACACGAAAGAAGCGCUUGAAGAAAGAUUGGAAACCAGCAGCUUUUUUAGAAAUAACAUAAAACGCGCUUUCAAAGAUAUCAUUGACAAGAAUUAUAUAUAACGUAAGUUAUAUAUAAUUAACUGUGAAUAAAUAGGUGUAAUUAUAUUUUAACAACAGACAUUACGUCAGACUUACGUAUUAGAUGAAAUUGUCAAAUCAUGUGCCCGAGUUUUACUUUACACAGUUUACAUGUAAAGUACGUGCUUGUGCACUUUUGAAGACACUUCAUCGACAAAAAUUGUGUAUAAUAUGUUGAAAUUAUAUUUUUUAAAUUUUAUAGGGGAAGUAGAGGUAAAAAAAAAAAGUAGCGUAUACAACGCAAAUUAAGCAUUUGAGAAUUUUGAAUUUUCGAAUUCGCAUUCAAUUCGAAUUACUAUGUAUUGAUUUACACGUAAAAAAAAAAUAUUUCACACAUCCAGUAUUUGUCUCUGAAUAGUUCUUAAUCUCGUUGUUAAUUAUGGAUAUUGAAAAAAGCUUGCGCAAAUAUUUGUUAAAAGUUGUCAAUUGUAACAGAUACCAACUAAAAACUUACGUAAAGAAAAGGUCGUCGUACGAUGGAGAAAUGACGCGCGUUGAUUUGCUAUGUCAAUGUGAAAGAAUGUACAACUUUUAUUCACAAAUUUGUUUGUAUUAAUGCACCGCACUUUUUUCAUCAUUCGAAUACAUCGAACUUUCAUGUAAUUUUUCUCUGAUUGUAAUUUAGAGAAAAGUGAAAAUUCUAUAAGAGAGAUACAUUUGUAAAUGAAAUGUACAGAUUCUCGAGAUAUAUAAAA